AUACGCGUCUCCCCUUGGUUUAUUUGGGCGUGGGAGCAAACCCUCGCUUUCUUCCGUCCCCGCUGCUGCAACAGUUCCCUCGGAGCACUUGAAUAGGAUUUUUUGUUGCUCCACCUCCGAUCUCAAAUCGUUGUUUGAAGUGGAUUCUUAGCUGCAUUUUGUCAAGAUGGACACUAAGCACUCGGCAGAGAUGUUCAAGCAUUUGGAGAAACAAAGUGAUGUCCUCAUGGAUGCAUAUCGUUCAAUGUCACAUGAGUUGCAUCGUCUCCAGGUGGAGGAAGAAAUGCUUAUGCAGAAACUGUAUGAGCUCAUGCAUGCAAAAGGUCUGUUAAAAAAGGAAAAGAAAGGACACAAUGAUUCAAGUAAAGAUGCUACUAAUACAUCAAUGUAGGAAAACUGAUACACAAUUCUUGGUAGUCCAUCUUCAUGAUGAUGGUUGACCGCCAUCAUGUGAGAAGAGACAUGGUUGAUCGCUGGGCAAGUUUGUAGGGCCUUGUUGGUCUUUUCCUUUCCUUUUUGUUAAGUGAUCAAAAUUAGGUUUUGUUAUUUUCGGGGAGAUUGGGAGCUUAUGUUCUGAUACUUCAAUAGGUUGGGAAACAAUAAAUUAGUUAAUUCAAUUACAUUUUCGAGGAAGCUUUUUUUUUCUCCUCUCUCUUUGUACCAAAACUUAUUGAUUGGAAAAACGCAUCAGAUACCUUUCAAAA